AUGGACUGGGCAAUCAAUGUCGCCCAUCCACGAUUACUUUACAAGGAUCCUAAACUUUCAGUAACGUUUAUUGUGCCGAGCUUAUUUCAUAUCAUUAUUGCUUUCGUGUUAUUAGGAAUAUGUGCAUCCGAUUUUCUUUGCCCCAACGUGGCCCAUAUAUCAGAUCCCAACAGCCUUCGAUCGAAUGGUUCUUUAGUCUCAAAAACGGCGUCCCAUGCAUCUCAUACUGGGGCAUUAAUGGCAGUUCUACUAUCUUGGUGUAACUCUUCGCCUGACCUAUUUUCCAACUUAAUGAGCUGGGCAACCUCUACGAGAGAAACAAGGUCAACCUCAGUAUCGCUAUCAAUUGGUGAGGUGCUUGGCGCUUGCGGCAUUAUCCUGUGCAUUGUAGAGGGCUCCAUUUUUAUUAUUAUGUCAAGAACUCACAUUGAAAUCUCGCAAAUUCAAAAACUAUCCAUCAUGAGAGACUUGUUAUUUUCUUUAGCUGCCAUGUGCGUAAUGAGUUACGUUUCCCUUAUGAAUCAGGUCACUGUGCUGAAUUGCCUUUUGAUGGCGUUCCUUUAUGCCUUUUAUCUAGUCGUUAAGUUAACUUUCAAGCUUAAUCAUUCUGCAGAAACCCCAGAUGAAACUGCUGCGGAUACGAGCCUCAGAGAAAACUCCGUUUCUCCUUUUUUGGAUGACUCUCUGAUGGCUUCUGGUUUACUACCACCAAUACAACCUGGCUUUGACAUAUCCAAUUCUAUAACACACGGCAUUAAGCCUAGUUUGCUAUCUGCUAUGGAUUUCAAUAGUUUCUUAUCAAUGCUUGAAAACUCAUCUUUGGAGGAGGAUGACUCAAGGAAUGAAAUGGCAGAAUUGAACACUCUACGUAGCAUGACGCCGGGACAACAUUGGUCCGCCUCUGCAACAGUUGCAGGAGAGGCAACGAGUGCUGGAAGACCUUUCAGUGAGCCAACGAAUGCGUUUACGGAAUAUAGAGAUUCUGAAAGAGCAAUAAAUAGUUCCCCAGCGGUGUUCGCCCCCUACCGUGACAACCCUGAUGAUGAAGAGUCUCAAGAGCAAGUAUUAUUGGAGACAACAACGCAUGGUCAUUUUGGUGCGCAAGAAAUGCGAAGGUUCUCCAAAAGGUCUCUGGGCUGGAUUAUAAAAAUUUUCAUACCACAUCUCUCAAAUUUUUCCCAGAAAUCCAUCUCAGAUGCGAUCUUUUCCAUAAUAACUGUUCCGUUUUUCAUUAUUUUCAAACUAUCAUGUCCUCAACCGCCUUCAGAUAUUUUGAGUUAUGAUCCCACUUUGAACAGAUACUCUUUAACAACGUUACCCAUAAUUUUAUUAUUUAUCCAAUCAAUUACUGCACCCUUCCUCCUUUGCAGUAUACUUUCUGUGCUUUUGACAUAUCAUCUAGGCUAUCUCGUUUACCUUUUCCCUCUUAUAUUAGCUAUGGCCUUAAUUUUACUAUUGACGGCUUUUAUUACAAAGGUAAAUCUGCAUAACAAGUUUACUCUGUCAUUAGACAGCUCUAACAUUUUACAGGAAAAGCUACAAAAAAGAAAACUCCUCGAAAGGCUUAACACAAGCAUCCAAAUAAUUUUUCUAGCUAUCGGCAUAAUAAAUAUCAUAAUUUGGAUAUCACUUUUAGCCAAUUCUCUUAUUGAGAUGAUGGAAAUUUACCAAAAAAUAUUAGGAUUAUCGAAAGCUAUUUUGGGCCUUACCAUUUUCGCAUGGGGCAACUCAGUAGGAGACUUGAUCUCCAACAUAUCUAUGUGCAGGCUCUACAAAACCCAAACUCACUACCAAGACAGAGUUCGUUUAGCCACAAAAUUUUUUAUGAUAUCAUGCGCAUCUUGCUUAGGAGGCGUAAUGCUGAAUUCUAUGGGUGGAAUAGGCUUUAGUGGGCUAGUAUCAAUGCUUUUUAUUGGCGCUUUUAAUGAUAACGAAUGGUGGUUCCUAAGAAAGGUUAAAUUACAAGAAACAAGUCAAUUGGAUAAUACAUUAAAUUACAAAUUCAUAGUUUCUUGCGUCUUCAUUAUCCUACAGAUUAUUCUCUUGCUGUUAUUCUUCGGAGGGCCUAACAAUAUUAAACGGCGCCUCACAAAGGAGAUGAAGUUAGUCGGAAUCUCUAUGUGCGGACUAUGGGCACUAGCCACGUUGAUUAAUAUACUUCUAGAACUGUUUAGCUAA